AUGGUGCUAGAACACGAAUACGGUUGUAAUACACAAAAUCGUUUUCUUGAUUUUGUUGAUCAUGAUGAAGAUCCUGAAGUGUUCGUAUCAAAAGUGUCAGCGGGUGAAAAAGAAAAUAAGAAGACAAAAGAUGCAAAAAAACCAAUAAAUAAAAAAAGUACAACUAGUUCAACAACAACAAUAAAAUCUACCACAACGACAACAACUGGCUUUGUGGGCAAAGAAAAUGUCAGUGGGAAAAAUACCGAUACAAAAAAAACAACAAUUGUCAAACCCAUAUUUAGUGAUAAUAAUAAUAAACAACAGUCGCAACAACGUGAAGGUGGCAAUGUUGAUCAACAGCAACGGCGGCCACAAAGUGGUCAACAGAAUGAAAAUCGUAGUCGCGGAACUGGUCCAAGACGAGGUGGCAACGAUCGUUCAUCAUAUGAAGGUCGAGAACAUUUUCAACAAAAUGAAGGAAAUUUUCAACGAGCAAGUGGUGGUCAACGUUACGUGAGAUUUAAUCGAGAUAAUAAUCAAUCGCAAGGAACACAACAAUCUGGAGCCGAUACUAGCGGCUUUCUUGGUGAUGAUUCUCAAUGGAGAGAAAGCGAAACACAAUCUAAUGAUCAGCAUCAACAGCGCGAUAAUUUUGGCGGUGGCAGGGGCGAAUUUCGAGGUCGCGGACGUGGUCGCGGUAAUUUUGAAGGGCGAGGUCGCGGCAAUUAUGAAGGAAGAGGAAAUUUCGAAGGCCGUAGUAGAGGCCGUGGUAGAGGAAAUCCUCGAUUUAAUUAUGAUGAAGGUCAGCAGCAACAGACUCAACAGCAAGGAGAAAGUACUCUCGUAGGAGAAACUUUUGAAACAGAACGCCCACAAGGCGGUGAAGGCGAAGAAAAUUUGCACGAAAAACCAUUUGAAAGUGAUGGAGGUUUUCAACGUCGUGGUCGAAACAAUUAUCGUGGAAGAGGUCAAAAUUUCCGUGGAAAUCGUGUUAUACGAAACACAGAGUUUGGUGGUGGCGGAGGUGGUUAUUUCGAAAAACCGACUGAAGGUGACGAUUCGACUAACAAUUAUCGUACACAUCGACAAUAUGAUCGUCGCCCACGAAACGAAGUUAGUGGUAUCAAACCACUAGAAAAACGAGACGGUGGUGGUGCUCACAAUUGGGGUAAACAAGAGGAUCAAAUUCCUGAUGAACAAGAAAUUACCGAUGAAACAGGUGAUGCAUCUCGUACAGUAGCGAAAAAGGUUGAUUGGUCCGAACAGGUUGAUCAGGAAGAACAACAACGUGAGGCUGAACAAAUGACACUAGACGAAUAUAAAAAGCAACAAGAAUUAAAAAAGAAACAAAAUAGUGUUGUACAACCACAUUUUAAUAUUCGUCAAGCUGGCGAAGGAGAAGAUCCAAAAGUGUGGCAACAACCAGGCAAAAUAUAUAGGAAAAAAGAAUUAGAUAAUGAUGAAGAAAACGAAGAUGAGGAUGAUGAUGAUGAAGCGAUCGAAGAUGAAGAUGAAGCCGAGGAAGAAGGUCAAGAUGAAGAAAGCGAGCAAAAACUACAUGAAGAAAAGAAAACACCACAAAUUCAAAUCAAGUUUUAUGAACCUGCAAUGCGUGGUGGUCCGCGUAGACCAUUUAGCGAUAGAAGAGGUGGUGAACGACGAUCAGAAGGUGGACGUGGUGGUCCUUAUCGAGAUAAUAACCAGAGAAGAAAUUAUUCUCAACAACCACAAGAUGAAAAUGCAGCUGAAUCAUCCCAACAACCAGGUGAUGAUGAACAACGGCAACAAUAUCGUAAUGAAGGUGAUUCGUCAUAUCCAAGAGGUGGCAGAAGUUAUCGAGGAAAUGAUAAUUAUCAAAAACGACAACGUGAUGAUUAUGGUCAGCAACAACGCGGCUAUGGCCCUCGUGGCGGUGGUGGUGGUUAUCGUGGAACUGGUCAGGGAUCGCGAGAAGGACGUACAAAUGAAAAUCGUAAUUUUACAUCGUCCAAUGAAGAAGAUUUUCCAACAUUAAAAUCAACUUAG